UCAGUUUUUUCUGUUUUGUUAUCUCGUACAGUUUACUGAGUUUGCUCACCUGCAACCCUAGUUCACUAAUUACCACUACUUAGUUUAUUCUUAAAUCAAAAUGAAAGUUGGUCUAAAUUUUGACAGGGUUAGAGUACCAAAACUACUGAAAUCAGUGAGAUAUACAUUAGGUGGUAUUAAUAUGGUGUUUUUGCUUAAAAGUUUAGUAUUCCACGUUAUUGGAAUUACAUAUCUAAUAAUGCAUAAGGAUUACGAAGAGUUGAUUACAAAUAAAUUCAUGAGUCUACCGGCGUUGGUAAUAGGUACUGCUAUAUCGAUAUUCUUCAUUUGCAUUCUUGGAUUUUAUGGGGCCUACUCGGAAAAUUUUUAUGCAUUGGCUGCUUACGUAGUUUUAAUGCUGGCAGUAUUUAUUCUGGAAAUAACAAUAACAAUAAUGGCGUUUGGUCUACAAAACGGCGCGGUAUCCGAGAUUCGACCGACAAUGGUGCAGAGCAUUCAACUGUACGAGACCAGACGGGAGGUGGCGAGGACUUGGGAUGAUUUGCAAAUGGGGUUCGAAUGCUGUGGCGUCGCAGGCCGGUCAGACUGGCCUUCUAACCGUAUCCCUGUAAGUUGCUGCCACAUCGACUACGGCACGGUGUCGCCGUUCGAAUGUACCUUCAUCAACGCUUACGUCACGGGGUGCUCCGUUGCCCUCGGGGAGUGGCUCAGCAGUAAUGCUUUCACCAUCGGAGUCACAGGGGCCGUGUUCACAUCUGUUCAGGCAAUCCUGACAGCGAUGUCGGCUUGGUUGGCGUACAGAUCAAAGUUUGAAGAAGUAGAAUUAGAAUCGUAGGUUAAAUGAUAUAGGUAAUACUGUUUUUACGAAUUGUUAAUUUUAUUUUUGAUUUAAUAUAAGUGUUAAAAUAUAA